AUGAGUGGUCCUUUACCUCCAGGAUGGGAAGAACGAUUUGACGAAAAUCACAAACGUCAUUACUAUGUGAACGCGUCUAUUCGCGCUACCACAUGGUACGACCCACGAAAACAUCCUCACGGCGGUGCGUAUACACCCCAAUAUACAUCCUCAUAUACCGCGCCUACCACACCCGCAUAUACACCCCAAUAUACAUCCUCAUAUACCGCGCCUACCACACCCGCACCAAAUGCACCAAAUAUAAUAGUGGUGCAUCAGCAAAGAGAAAAAAAACCAUCAAAACCAACAUCCGGAUCAUCCAGCAAACCACAUAUAUCUGGCACCGCCGCACUAGUUGGCACACAAAUCGGUGCUGCAGUGCUAAAUACUGCAUUAACGGGCAAACCAAAUGGAAAUCCCUUAAUUACAGCAAUUGGAAAAAUUGCAGCUGAUGCAUUGCACAAUAAAGGAAAUGCUAACAACAAUGCAGAGAAAGGAAAUGAUGAGCAAGGAAAUGCUAAGCAAGCAAAUGCUACACCUGGCCCAACAAAUCCGUACCAAGCCUAUAUGGCACAAUAUAAAAAAUAUCUCCAGCAAAUGCAGCAACUACAGCAUUCAGGUCAUGGUCAUGGUGCAUCACAUUUUCCUAAUGCUUUUGGUGGCUUUAAUUUUAAUAAUGCAACUGAUUCAUCUUCUGGAUUUGAUUUCUCGAAUCUAGGAAAUGAUUUCUCGAAUUUCUCGAACAUGUUUGGAGGAGGAGGAGGAAUGAAUUUCUCCGGGGGUGGAAUGGAUUUCUCGGGGGUUUAUUUCGGACAUGUCACUUGA